CUGCGGGCCUCUUCGCUCCCGUCCCCCCUCUCCUCCCCUCCCGUCACACAGCCGCCGCCGCUCCCCUCCCCUUCCAACCUCCUGCUCCGACCCCGCAGAGGGCACGUCCAUGGCCGGAGCGGAGGAGGAGAUCCAGGCGGAGCGUGCCAUCUCCAUCGCCAUGGCCCCCGGCCUUCGUCGAGCCGCUCGUCAUCUUCCUCGUCCUCGUCGUCAACGCCGCCGUCGGCGUCUGGCAGGUGGACUCCGGCUGCUCGUCUCCGUUUUCUUCCUCGUCCCCACGCGCGGCUCCACUUCCCGCUGGCCAUGGGGUUCAGCCUUAAGGGGCACAUCGGGCUGGGCAUCCUCUGUUUCUGAGUGCACGGGGCGGUUCGAGGCGCACUUGUGGAACAAGAACACAUGCACAGAGCCGCAGAGGAAGAAGAAAGGGAGGCAAGUUUAUUUCGGGGCAUAUGGCGGCGAGGAAGCCAACCGUUACAAUCAUAUUUAAGUUUUGAUUUCUGUUGGUUGUCCAUGAUUCAUUUGUGGUCAUUUUCUUGUUAGAUCGUUGAUUCAGAUGUGGUUUUAUUUGCAGGGAGGGGUCACUGCUUGUUAGUUUGUUCUAGGUUACUGCUUAUUAGUUUGGCCAUGGUGCUUGUUAGUUUACUAUUCGGUGGUCCUUUGUAUGCACCAUUCAUAUAUUUUGUUCUUAUAUUUUUGUUAACUUUCUUUUAGUUCGGGGUCUCUCUUGCUGCCUCCACUUCAUGUGGUACAGUAUAUCUCCAACUAUUCUCUCUCCUGUUUCAUAUUUAUUUUGCUCUAGCCAUGUGUGUAGCCUGAUAA